UGAAGCGAAAUUAUUUUGUAUGGGAUACAGGAGAUUUAUAUCGUUAAAGGGUGGUCUUAUUACCACAGAAUCUUAAACUGAAUUAGAAAGUAAUAACAACACAACAGGGUCAGUUGUAUGAGGGAGAAAGACUUUUUCAUAUGACGCUAGCGGCGGAACACAGGACUGGAAUUUAGAUGUGACUGGCAAGCCUAAAUACUGUUCCUCAUAGCGAUCGGGGCGGACAACCUUAAUAGUUAAAAGAACUGCGUAUAUAGAAUAUCUAUGCCUGUCAUAGUAAUAUGUCAAGUUUGAAGAUUGGUAAGAGAUUUUCAUAAAAUUGGUGCUUCUAGUAAAUGAUUGCAUGGAUGCUUGUUUCGUAGUUUGUUUAUUACGGAAUAUGAAAGCACGGUGUAAUUCUAAUUCAAGAUACAUUCCGUAGUUGUUAUGCAGUUGCCAUAAGAUGAUUGUUUUUGGAGUAGUUGUUGCAUUUUGAUUAAGUGGUCGGUAUUUGGAGUGCGUAAACUAAUGGAAUAUUGGUAUAACUGAUUAUGAGUAAUAACAUGUCUACUCAAGAUGGGAUUUGAGAAGCACUGUAUCAGGUGACUGCAGCUUAAAAGUUAAGCUGCUGUACCACGAACUAAGGUCAGUCAGAUGCAGGAGUGAUGCUGGAAGCAAGAUCACAGAAAUCUGUUGGCACCAGAGAAGCUACUACUGGCCAGACAAAAAACAGUUUUCGACCCUCACCUCACUACAUGGCAGCUAUUUGGCAUGGCAAAACAAGCCAAGAUGAUGUGUGCUAUGUCGUUGCUAAAUAUGACUAUGCAGCUCAAGGAGCACAGGAACUGGAUCUUAGAAAGAAUGAACGCUAUCUGCUGUUGGAUGAUUCGAAACACUGGUGGAGAGUUCAGAAUGCUCGAAACCAAGCGGGAUAUGUGCCAAGCAAUUAUGUCAAGAAGGAAAAACCAUCACUGUUUGACAGCAUCAAGAAAAAAGUGAAGAAAGGGUCUGGUUCAAAAACUCUUCCUUCCAGUAAUUCACCAUCACGAGCUAUUGAAUCACCAACAAUGGGACGACGUUUGCCAGCUGACCCAUCAGAAGCUAUUGGAACAGCUGUUGUGAAGUACAAUUAUCAAGCUCAGCAAGCAGAUGAGUUAUCUCUAGUGAAGGGAACACGGAUUUUGAUUUUGGAGAAGAGUAAUGAUGGCUGGUGGCGUGGACAGAGUGGUUCAGUGGCUGGUUGGUUUCCAAGCAAUUAUACACAAGAAGAAGGGGAUGCAGAUGAUACUUUGCACACAUAUGCUAUGGCAGAAAAUGUUCUCGAUAUUGUUGUUGCACUCUAUUCUUUUUCAUCAAACAACGAACAAGAGUUAUCAUUUGAGAAGGGAGAUCGCCUUGAAAUAUUGGACAGACCACCCUCUGAUCCAGAAUGGUAUAAAGCUCGCAAUGCACAAGGCCAAAUAGGCUUGGUUCCAAGAAACUAUCUUCAGGAACUAAGUGAAUACCUUACGCAGCCCUAUAGAAAUCGAGAUGGCGGUGGAGAAAGGCAUGAUUCGCUGGAUCAUCGAACAGACGGUAAUGCCCCAGGAGUUCGUAGUGUCGACCGACCUCAUCUUGUGGGAAAACCGUGGUAUUAUGGAACAAUUACUCGUGCCCAGUGUGAUAAUCUUUUAAAUCAACAUGGCCAUGAUGGCGACUUCCUAAUAAGAGAUAGUGAAACCAAUGUGGGUGACUAUUCGGUAUCUUUGAAAGCUCCUGGACGAAAUAAGCAUUUCAGAGUGCAUGUGGAAGGUGCACUCUAUUGCAUUGGUCAGCGGAAGUUUCAUACCUUGGAUCAGCUUGUAGACCAUUAUCAGCGUGCACCUAUUUAUACUAACAAGCAAGGCGAGAAAUUGUAUCUUGUACGGCCACUCCCAAAAUCUUCAAAUAACUGCUAAAUAUUAGUUUUACAUUAUUUACCCUACUCUUAACCUGAAGAACAUAUCUGUCAUUCAAGAGUUUGUGUUUGUUAGAAUAUAAUUAUAAGAUAUGCUGGAAGAAUAACGGCAGAGUGCAAGUGUGUGUAUAAUAUUGUUUUUUUUUUGUUUUUGGAAGCCUUGGAAAGCUAGUUUAGUUUGUUACGAAUAAUUGUGAUUGUGUGAGCAGUCCAGUGAAUUAUGUGACCAUUUUUACAUAUUAUUUGAGAUUCAUAAAAUGCUGUUGUGUUAUGAUGUAACAGUGAGCUCCAUAAGACUCUAGUCAUUGUUAUCUCUGUGGCAAAAUAAAAUCAGUUUUCCAAAACAAAUGGCAAAAAUAUGCACAUAAUAAAAAUAAGGAAUAUGUUACUGUUUUGGUUAAUGAAGGCUGUAACUUCAUUGUAACCAGUUUAUUGAGUUGCAGGUUUAAUUUAUUAUCUGACUAUCUUGCAGAGUAGAGUCCCGUGUUGGUCCCUUCUGCAACAUUCUGGAUGCAGUAAGUGCUUUGUGUAUUAUUUUAGAUGUGUGAUUGAUUGUAAAUGAUAGAUUCAUUGGAACCUCGAAGUGCUGAAAGAGAAAGAUUUCUAUAUUUGCAUUUUUCAGUUAGUACAUAUUAUCAGAGCUUAGGUACCUCUUAAAGAGUUAACAUUAAUACUUUGCUCUGUUUAGAAUACUGUUGAGUCAUUGCAUUUUUGUAUGCCACAUCUAUAUGUCCUUCCCUGUUGUGAUAAUUUAGUAUAGAAGACUGCACAUUAUGAAAAUGCAUAAUAUCAAUGUGUAAUCAUAAUUCUAGUGAUAUAAUGAGAAUAAAUGUUUGUCACUGUGUCACAUGUUUUGUGAUCUUCCAUUACUCAGUGGAAUUAAUAGUACUUUUAUGCCAUUCAUUUUUAAUAUACCUCAUCAUUUGACUUGUGUAAACUGUUUGAUGCAGCAGAGAUACUACAAAAUUGUUGUAUGUGUAACUACUGUGUGAACAGAAAUUGCUGUUACUGGUUUUUGUUAUGUUCUUUGUACCCUUACGCUUACAUGACCGUUAUGCAAGCAGAACUUCAGUAUCAUAGUAAUAGAAUACUAAAUAAGAAGAUAAAGCAAAUUGAUUACAAAUCAAAUUGUUAGCACUUCAAAUCAGUAAAAAAUUAUCUUAUUCCAAUAAAGACAUUGAUGUAACUUUGUUAGAUCUCAACAGUGUGCUCCUAUAUACAUUUAUAUGCUUCAGAUGUGGUAUACAUGACCUGCUUUACAAUUAUCACUAUUACAGUGGUUAAUACUGUAACCUCAGAGCCUAAGAACAGGAUGAGUUGUAAAGAUUCCUUUAUUGUAAAUUGCACAAAUGACUAUGACAUUACCAACCCUGUUUAAAUAAAAUUUAAAUUUAACUGUGUGAAAUUAGAGAUUUUAGAUUCAUGAAGAAAUUGACAAGAGACUUUAACUUGAUAUUUACAUCAAAGACUUGUAUGAUGUAAGAGUCAGCACUGUGAAACUAUUUGACAUGUAAAUUCUUUCUGCCCUACGUUUCUUUUGUUCGUUGAAUGAUUCUGCACAGAUUAACUUACAUCUGGCAUUUUGUAGUGUCAAGCAACUCUUUGAAACUAAUUACAGAAUAUUUGUUUAAAUAUGUUCAAAUUUAAGAAUAUCUAUGAAUUCAGUUUUCAGACAAAAUUAAGACUACUUAAAAACAAAGCUCUCUCAACAAUUGCAAUUGUAGGAACUAGACUAGAAUCUCCCCCCCCCCCCCCCUCUUCCUCUCCUUUAUUACUGAUUCUGCAAAUGUUAGUAAUCAACUUACACGUCUGGUUUCUUUGCUAUUAUAUUUUACUUUUUCUUUUUAAUCCCCAAUAAACCAAAAGAUUUUGUUUUCCACCCGCAACUUAUUAACAAAAUGGCUUUCGACCAGUUAAAACAAGAAUGAAGGAAAAUUGCCAUAUUGAUAAGCACUUAGGCAGUGUAAUUAAUCAGAAAUACUGAACAGGCAACUAAGGAAUUUUGUAACAUAGCAUUAUGUAUUAAAAUAAAUGUGUAAUACUUUGUGAAAUACAAGAAAACAUUAGCAAAAAUUACAUAAUUCGAUAGGAUUCUGAUUUCGUUUUGACAACAUUUGUAAAGGUUUUCAGCAAUGAAAUAGCAGCAAUAUUUACUUACCGUCACCUUGCAUGAAAGAAAAAAAAAGUACUUGUAUCAAAGGAUACUUAAAAGGAGCACUGCUUGCCAUACUGAACAUUAUUUUCAUUUUUCAUCUAGAUUCUCUGUUUUGAAUUUAUGAAUAUUUGUAUAACUUAAUUUUCUUCUUUUCACUGUAUAACCAUUCCUUUGUGUAAAUUAUUGUAAACAUUCAAGGAAUACGCUAUGUAAUUAAUUACCUGCUGUAUAUAGGUUUUGUGUGUGUAAUGAUAUGAUGCAACUGUAGCAUAUUAAUUUUGUGUUUUCAUGAGUGACUGCAUAUUUAUUAUAGUAAUUGGGAAGUUGUGACUUAGAAAUGAAAGUUACUAAAGUACAAGUGAGAUUUUUUUUAUGACGACUCUUUGCAGAAGGGUCAUGCUUCUGUGUCCUUGCUCAUUUUAAUGGACUGCAGAUCUUCUGCUUGGAUAUAAAUUAUUAUAUGGUCAGUGUACUAUUUUUUAAUUUGCCUAUUGUGUAGCUCUUUUUUAAACAUAAAAUGCUGCAAACAUUGUAA